GCCAUACCUCGAAUUUUGUGUGUCCUCACCAGCUGCCGUCGUUCCUUGUCUCCCACCCGAGGUCAGCCGCCGCCGCCGUAGGUCGAGAUCCACGAGGCGCCGGGAUCAUUCUCCAUUCUUGGACCUUCGCCUCCACUCCCUUGUUGAUCCAGUGGAGUGGAUAUGUGGCGGUGGCAGCAGACUCUCCUCCGCCGGCUCCCGCCGCCGAGGGCGGUGGCGCAGGCUCCGGCGUCCUGGGCGGCCGACCGUCUGGUAUGCUACUACGGGUCUACGCCGGAGGGGAGGGAGGGAAAGGCGGCGCCUUUGCAGGCGCGGGGCAUGGUCGACAGGUUCCGGAUGCGCGCCAAGGGCGGCGACGGCGGCAAUGGCUGCGUCAGCCUCCGGCGCUCUAGGUCCAACCGCCACGGCAUGCCUGACGGUGGUAAUGGAGGGAAGGGUGGUGAUGUAAUUCUUGAGUGCUCACGGUCUAUCUGGGAUUUCAGUGGCUUGCAGCAUCACAUGAGAGGAGGCCGAGGUGGCAAUGGAGUUUCUAAGAAUCAGAUAGGAACAAGAGGUUCUGACAAGAUUGCACAAGUACCUGUAGGCACAGUGAUUCAUCUUGUCGAAGGGGAGCAACCUUCUCUCACAGUAAAUAAACCGACCAGAGCUCUAGAUCCCUGGGACAUACCUAGUGCUGAAGAACACUCUUCAGAUUUGUACCAGAUUGCUAAUAUAGUGACAGAAGGUUUUGAUGGUGGCUUGCCCCAUCAGCAUAUUGCCCCUAAGCAUAACACUGAUGGAAAUGACACUGUAAAGGGAAGCAACAGUAACUCGGAUAAUCCAAAAUACUUUCAUACAUGCUCCAAGGCUCAGUUCUCAAACACAAAUCGUGAUGUAAGAAUCUAUUCAUGUCAAGAGGGCACAGAUGAAAAAGAUCAGACUGAAAGUGGGGAUGAAGAAUUUUGGGAGGAUGAAGACGAGUUUGACAUGGAUGAGGAGGAAGAAGAGGAUGAGAGGGAAGAACAAGAUGUGCAAUAUUGUAUUGCUGAGAUGACAAAACCUGGGCAGCAGUUAAUCAUAGCACGAGGAGGCAAAGGUGGACUGGGGAAUGCUUUUAUCAUGAAGGAGAUGCGGCCAUCCAAAGCAAACAGACAAGAGAAGAUAGCCCAUUUGAGUACUGGGCAGCCAGGAACUCAGAGCUUGCUUAUCCUGGAACUGAAGAGCAUUGCAGAUGUUGGUCUGGUUGGGUUGCCCAAUGCUGGGAAGAGCACAUUGCUCAGUGCUCUCUCUAGGGCGCACCCAGAGAUCGCCGACUAUGAGUUCACCACGCUGAGGCCCAACAUUGGUAGCCUGAUCUACGAGGACUACUUCUCGGUUAAAGUGGCUGAUAUACCUGGACUGAUCAAAGGAGCACAUGAGAACCGUGGCCUGGGUCAUGCUUUCCUAAGGCACAUAGAGCGCACCAAAGUUAUCGCCUAUGUGCUUGACCUUGCAGCCACACUUAAUGGCAGGAAAGGUGUCCCACCUUGGGAGCAGCUGCACGAUUUGGUCGCAGAGCUGGAGCAUUACCAAGAAGGAAUGACUCGGCGGCCAUCACUGAUUGUCGCAAACAAGAUAGACGAAGAGGGAGCUGAAGAGAUGUGCCAGGAGCUGAAGAGGAGAGUGCAGGGAGUUCCAAUAUUUCCAGUUUGCGCCAUCUUGCAAGAGGGGGUGCCAGAUCUGAGAGUGGGUCUAAGGAACCUUAUGGAUGACUCAGAUCCACAGGGCAAAAAUUUUGAGAAAAAUGACUGUUGAAUGAGAUUCUAUUUUUUUUCUUUCUCAUGACACUAACACAUAUGAGUGUGCGGGGAUUAGAUCUGCAAAUAUUGAUGACUCUGGCUAUUCCUUUCUUGUUGUGUUGAUGACAAUAAUUGAACAUUUGUAAUCUUAUCAUUCUUGUGAAAGAGCAGAAAUACUAUAGGGUUUGUUUCAGGGCAGCAGCAGCUGAAACAUUGGGCUUGGUCAGUAAAUAAACAGAACUGCAUCUGUACUUGGUAAAAUCAACAAGUCAAAGAAUUAGAGCCUGUUUUUCUCUAUUCUGGGAGCUAGUUCUCAAUGUCACUGUAAUCUGCACGUCUCUGACUUCCUAACUUCUAAGCAUGCUACUACUGUAUCCCUUUGUAAUUUAAUCAGCUGUACCAUCCAAUACUCUGUUUACAUUUGUAGUAACACUUUGC